GUCUGCUUAAACAGAUAAGAAUCGCAAACGCCAAUAACAGUAUGUGGAGAGCAACACCCAUUAGCAGUUCAACGUAUCUACGUGUGAUUGUAGCGUCUGCUAGAUUUUCAUUUAAAAUUCAUUUAAAAAAUGUCGAAAAUGUGCUUAAUGAAAAUUAUACUUAAUUUAAUCAUUCUGGGCAUUUUACUCGGCAUUGUGUUCAAUUACGAUAAGUUAUGGGGACCGCCUACGCAACGUGGAUUUUUUUGUGAGGACAACACCUUGCGAUAUCCUUAUCAUCCAAGCACAAUAUCAACUAAUGUAAUGUACAUCAUUGGCUUAUAUGCACCUUUGAUUGUUUUAAUGCUAUGGAUAUUCUUAAAGCAUUUGCGUGAAGGUAAAAAACGACUAAAAUGGUCGAAAUUUUUGCUUGAGUUAUAUACAACAGAAGUGUGGUUUCUGUUUGGCUUUACUAUUGAGCAUUUAUUUAAAAAUGUGGGUAAAUAUGCUAUAGGUCGUUUAAGGCCACACUUCAUUACAUUGUGCCAACCUCAGCUGGCAGAUGGUUCAUCGUGUGCCGAUCCUAAAAAUGUAGGCAUUUUCGUUCAAGUCUAUACAUGCAAAAAUACAGCUAAUUAUGUUACCGCAGAAUUGUUGAACUAUGCUCACUUUUCCUUUCCUAGCGGCCACUCAAGCUUAGCCUUUUAUUCUAUGGUCUAUUUGGUGUUAUACAUACAACAACAGAAACAACUACAAUCGCAUCAAUGCUUUGUACGACAACAGUCGAAAGCGGCAGUAUUUGACCUCAUUUUGCCAACGGUGCAAUUAGUUUGUUUGCUGUUGGCCUGGUUUAUUGCCUUGAGUCGUGUAUUUGAUUACAAACAUCAUUGGUCGGAUUGUUUAGCGGGUGCCCUGUUGGGCUCGAGUGUUGCUGCCGCCAUCUCUUAUUGUUGCCGCAAACAACAUAUAAAGAAAAGUGUUGACGUCUUACCACUUUUGGAGAGUAAUGUAAAUCAAACGCAAAGCAACACUAUGUCAAGCCACAUGGGUGCCGUAUAAACCUUCAAGGCUGCAUUAAGUUUGUGCCGCUAUAAACUACGUUCAUCUUAAAAAAGCAUAAAACCACGUUACUCUACGCGGGCGAUACAUGCAAUAAGUAAACUGAAAGAGAAUAAAAUAAAUUUCGAACUUAUAGAAAAGGGUUUUCAACAUUUUUCUUUCUUUCUCUUUGUUUGUUUAAUUGAAAAACUGAGUGAAUUGGAUAAAUCAAAGGUGUGCAAGAGAUAGAAGGCAAAAA